AUGGUUCUUCUAUUGGCAUACACAGACUUCUGUCUGUGGGCUUUUUGUAUGUGGCCAAGCAGUGGAGAUGGAGGCUUAGAGGGACUGAUUGCGAGAGGGACCUACAUCUUUGGGCGAAUUCGGCCAAAUAAAGAAGCGUCAUGGCUUGUUUUGAGAAGCAUUCAUCACAAUCUUGAAAGGCUGCUAGAGUCUUGCCGGAAUAGUCCCAAAAAUCACGCAUUUCAAAGUUUCAUUAAUUGCGGUACAUUAUAUGGUAUGGCUUCUUGUAGUAAAACAGACAAGCUUUGGAAGGGCACAAAGGCGAGCAAGACGGGCGCUUGGAAUAUCCCCUUGAUCUUGGCCAAAGUCGUCUUUGGGACCCGCCAGACUUGGACCCGGAGUCUUUUCUAG